AUGGCAACCACCUCCUCCAGGAGCGAUCCUCUGGAUGAGAUCCGCUUCACCGGCCCAGUCGAGUUCGAGGGGGGCAUCCACAACAACAGUGUGCUCUACUACUUCGCUACCUCGCCCUUUUACGACAAGACCUCCAACAAUGAGGUUCUCUUCCAGCAGGGUCUCAACAAUCCUAACAUGAUGCAAUUCCUGGCCACCCGAGAGGCUUUUGAGGGCCGCUUGCGCACCAUGUCUGGCCUCGAGUUCAUCGUUGCCCAGGAGCCAGCCGAGACAGGCCCCGGCGCGGGAACUGGCGUCUGGGUAAUCAACAAACAGACACGCCGCAAGAGAAGAGAGGGUGAGGAGGAUGAGAUCGCUGUCCACUCGGUAUACUAUAUUGUUGGAGAGCAUAUUCACAUGGCUCCCAGCUUUGCUGACAUUAUGAGCGCUCGACUCGCAACCAUCUCCAACUUCCUCAGCAAUAUUCUUCCGUCUUCAGCUUCCGUCCAAGCCUGGUCUCCUGCAACUGGCCGUGUCUACAACCAACCCUCCACUACCACGGCAGGCUCCAAUUCUGUCAAAGCUAUCACGGCCUCUGCUCAGCAACAAUCUCAAGGUUCAGGACAACAGAGCGACAUCGGUCUCCCCACAACCCGCGACUUUGAAAAAGCUCUCUAUCUUCAUGAGCAAUACGGCGAUCAGUACAUGGAUGAGAACCCCAUCACCGGACGGCCGGGCGAAUUUCACCUCUCCUCCACCGGCAGAGCCAAAGUUAACCUCUCUGCGGCUGCGGCUGCCAAGCCAUUACCAGUCAAGCUCCCGACAAUCAACACCAAAGUGGCCGACAGUCCUCUCACAUCAAAACCCACGGGCAAGGAGACCAAAAGCCCCAAAAUUCCGGGCGGUCCGGGGAAGCUCAAGAGGAGGAAGAGCAGCAAAGCUGCUGUUACCCCGUCAUAG